AUGUCGGCAAACCCUCGAGGCCCUUCAGACGACGACGACCCCAUCGUUGCAAAAUACUCCGUCUUCGUCAAACCCUCCCUCACCGAGCACCGGAAUCUUGUUGUGCUACAAUAUGUAAACAAGACCGCCCAAGAUCCGGCUCAGGUACGCGUGCCGCGCAUCGCCGAGCUGCGUAUGAAACCAAGCACCGGGAUGUACGAGGUCGACAUACCACUGGACACGACCGAAGCAUACGACAAGAACAAGGGCGUAGCGUGGGGCACAUCACUUCAGAAGUCAAUGGAGGCCAAGAAAGGAGGCAGUCUGGGCUUAGCGGGGGGCUUCAACAUUGUGCCGACUUCGUCCACUGCCCGCGGCCGUCGAGGGGUUGCCGGCCAUAACGACGACGAAGGGCCAUUGACCUGGGCUGAGGCGACGAGACAAGACAAGGUCCUACGCACACAAACAUUUGGAGGCGGACAGAGUGCAGAGGAGGAGAAUACCCGCCAUAUGAUUGAAAACCUCCACCUCACCCCUGUCUCCUCAACCAUCCACCUCCGCCCCGUCCCACACCACAUCGACGCUUCCACCGAGCAAGAACGCCUCUCCCGCGCACCCACAGCAGCGGCGGCCGCUGCCGCCGCCGCCGCCGCCAAUGGAGCUGACAAACCGGGUGCCUCUGCCGGCCGAGCCAUCCACAUGACCAUUAAAUCCGCUAUGGAUGCUGACGGCGGCGUCGCGACGGAAACCAUGGCCGACCGCCUGCGCAACGUGCAGACCGAGACCUGGCAGCGCAUGGAGUGGGUGCAUGAUGAGGCCGAGAUGGCCUGGGAGGCGUACAACGAGUGCCUGUUGCUUCGGUCGACAGGCGGUGAUGCUGCCGGUUCAUCUGAAACGGGGCCAGCUGGGAAGGGCAAGGAGGUAGCCGGUGCUGGUACUAGUGGUGUUCAAGAGAGAGCCACAGGAAACAGCCUCGAUGAAAGCAGCGCGGCGGAUUUGGUGGACAAGGUGUCCAGGCUGCGGACAGACUGGGAAGAGCAGGAACUGCUACAGGCUGUCAGCAAAGCGGGUUCUGCUGCCGGCGAAAAGGGCGGUCGCAAUGACGAGAAGUCGGUGGGCCGCCCAGGAAGAGCCACCGGAGCGAAUGCCCCCACAGCGAGUUCCGCUGGCCCAAGGAAGUCGACACGAAGGGGUGCGACGAAGGGCACGGCGAUGGAGAUAGACUAG